AUGUUUUUUAUUAUAAAUUGUAAGUGUUUUUCUUGUUUAAAAACUGCAUUUCAAACUACAGAUAUUGAACUUUAUGUGUAGCAAGAAAUCGCGGAAAAAUGAGUGUUUAAAGUGGUUCUUCUCAAACUUUUAUUUAGGUGUUACAGUCCUGUGUAGCGUUGUUCUGACGGAAGCGCUCUAUGGAUCGAGUAGCGACGUAGUCGAACUAACAGCUGGAAAUUUUGAUGGAAAAGUUAUACAAAGUGACGAUAUUUGGCUUGUAGAGUUCUAUGCACCAUGGUAAUAUUUUUGGAAAAAAGUUGUAUAUGUAUACAGGGGCUUCGCUGAAAGUAAACACGGUUUAUAAAUAGUGCUUAUUAAAUAUGUGCGUCCCCAGGUUGAAACUGAUACGUUGACACGUGUAGUUUAAAUACACAGUAUUUAAUAAAUUUGAUAUGUUGCGUUUUAAUUUGCAUCAUGUUCAAAAUGUAGGGAUAGAAAUGAAACCCACAUAUAGUUGAUACUAAGUUAUAAUUAGUUAUUUAAGCCAGAAAUUGUAUAAUAAUUAUUGCUUGAUGUGAAAGGUUUUUAUUCAAUACAAUGGAAUUUUUCAUUUUUUUUUGCAAGAGGCUUUUUACACUUUAGCUUGUGGGAGGCCCAACCAAGUUACAGAGCAUGCUCAGUAGUGCACAAUUUCCAAUCAUCGCCCACAUCAAAAUGAUUUAUCAAAAUAGGUGCGGUCACUGCCAGUCAUUGGCUCCAGAAUGGAAGAAAGCUGCCACAGCAUUGAAGGUAGGUAACUUACGUAUACCAGUACUUUUCUAACCACAGACAAAUUUUCAGAUAGGAAACACUUUUCAGCCUCAGAUACACAUCUCUUAAAACCCCUUGUUAACUUCCCUACCUCGUUAGUUGCCCACCUCGUUAGUGUGCCCACCUCGUUAGUUUGCACCCACCUUGUUAGUGUGCCCACCUUGUUAGUUUGACCCCACGUCGUUAGUGUACCCACCUCAUUGGUUUGCCCACCUCGUUAGUUGGCCCAACUCGUUAGAGUGCCCUCAUAUCAGGACUAAUUACAUUUUAAUGGACUUAGGGAAUUAUCAAAGUUGGUGCUGUGGACAUGGAUGUUCACAGUUCUGUUGGAGGCCCAUACAAUGUGCGAGGUUUUCCCACGAUAAAGGUGAGCGAGUCAGAGAGUCUGGACACAAGAUUGGAUUCUUUCAUGUAGUUUCACAGACAAUAGGGCCAUUUAUACGAGACAAAAUAAGACGCGACUUACAUAAGACGCAACUUAAAUAAGACGCGAGUUUGUCGUAUAAAAGGCACAAAAUUCUUAUGUAAGACGCGUCUUGGAUAAGACGCGUCUUACAUAAGAACAGGACUUUUAGCUGUUCUUAUUUAACUUAAAUAAGAUAUUUUAGACAAAAAUUCUAACUACACAUGUCUGAAACUUGAAACAACGAGCCUUGCAUAUUAAAACAAAAACAAUCGAAACAACAUAGCUAUCGCAAGUAAAUAAGAAUAAAGCCGUAGAGAACCAUUUAUGCGAUAACUCCACUUAUUUAAGUCGCGUCUUAUGUAAGUCGCGUCUUAUUUUGUCUCGUAUAAAUGGCCCUAAUGUGCCUGCCAUUGACGAAUUGUUUUGACUUCUUCCAAAUUAUAGAUUUUUGGUGCUAACAAAAACUCUCCAGUUGACUACAAUGGUAAGAUCAUGGCUUGUGUAGGUGCCUUAAAAGACAGUCUGUACAUGGGCUGCUUGUUAACUGAUUAAUAGGGAUUUCUGUAUACUGAUAUAUAAAUUUAUCAAGUAUACCAUUUUACAUCAUCAGGUCCACGUACAGCUCCAGGACUUACGAAGGCAGCUUUAGAGGCAGCGCAGAGUGCUGUCAAUCAAAGAUUAAGUGGCGGUGGGGGAAGCAGGUCAAGUGGUGGAGGAAAGGUGAGUUUGCAAAGCAAAGAAAAGGUUAAAAUUUAUACCACCUUAGGGCUAUACAUGUUGUUUGUUAACUCUACUUAUGUUGGAGUUUUCAAAGGUUGCCAUGAUUGUACUUUAUUUCACUAUUGUUUUCAACCUAGGCAUGGGCAAUACAAGUUUUGGCCAGAUACUUGAUAUUUUGGUCAAUACUGAUUUCAACAGUGACGAGAUAAUGUUUUAAUAGCAAGGAUAUACUAAUUCAGGUCAAGGAUUCGGAAUAGUCAAUACUCAUAGUAUCUUCAUGUCUUCUGUAAAUACAAUUACAAGCCUCAAAAUGACAGUGCAAGUUUAUGCAGCUCUUUUACUUAAAAUUCUCCCUACAUGACCUGCAAACUCUCAAAAACUCUCUACAUUUUUUAUAAAUUCUGACCAAAAAUAUUGCAGGCUCAAGUGGUGUCGAAAUCACCAAUACUGUUUAUGCCAAUAUCUAAAGUAUCGAUAGUUUUGCUAGCGUCGUUGCUAUUGAUACUUGGUAUCAGUAUCGGUCCAUCUCUACAUGUCGCUGUCACAAUUUGGAAAGAGUUUAAUAUGUAGCAAUGUCUUGGUGUGAAAAUGUACCAGCUAACGUUUCCAUACAACAGAAUGUUCUCUGUAUUUGUUUAGACUGGUGGUGGUGGCGGCAGUGGUGGCAGUGGUAACGCAAAAGAUGUCAUUGAACUCACAGACAGUAAUUUUGAAGAAAAAGUACUUCAGAGUAACGAACUCUGGCUGGUCGAGUUCUUUGCACCAUGGUAGGUAUUCAUGCAGAUGAGUCAACAAUUAAUAUCAACGAAAAAAUAAUUACUUACCAAAGUGUCAAUUUGUUUUCAUUGAAUAAAGUCCAGCAAUUCUUUGAUUAUACCAGCAGUCACAGUAGGAAACCAACUCUAUAAGAUUCCUUGAUAAAUUUUGUCUUUAAAAACUUUCUAUUUUGUUUGCUUUUCUUUACUUUACUUUACUAUCUGCUUGAUUUUCUGCUUCUGAAAAAAUAUUGUACCGAGUUUGCGAGUACUUUGUCCAACGCGAAAGGAUUUCAUUCUGCCCGAGGCUCUUGUCCACUUCAACCUAGGCGCAUUUCUUUGUUUCCUGGGCGCUAGGAUACUGUAACUGUUAGAAAUUUACAUUUUAAAUUUUGUAAUAAUUAGUUUUGAGGAAUCUAAACCAAGCCCAAACCAAACCAUUGACUUGGAAGUGGACAACAGCUGUGACACGAAACGCUUUCGUUGCUCGUAUUACUUCAGCAUUCAUCGUAAGAACUAUUUACAGACCACUAAUUUGCACUGAUGAAGAUUGGACUUAGCCUUAGGGGAUCAAGAGAAUUGAUCUUGACCAAAUAAAUAAAGCGAUGUUCUACCAGUGUUUUCCCACAAAACAAAUAAAACUUACUUCAAAUGUCUUGUGAUUCUCCAGGUGUGGACAUUGUCAACGUCUUGAACCCGAGUGGAAGAAAGCUGCCACUGAACUAAAAGGCAAAAUGAACCUUGGAGCCUUAGAGCCACUGUUCACCAGGCAAUGGCACAACGCUACGGUGUACAAGGUUUUCCUACCAUUAAAUACUUUGCACCAGGGAGCGAGCCUGUCGACUACCAAGGCGGGAGAAGCGCUUCGGAUAUAUCCAAUUUGGCCUGUCCAAGGCGUCUGA